GCGAGCGGGCGGCGAGCGCGGAGUCAAAGCUACGGCCCCGCUGCCGGCGCGGAGCAGCGCGGGGUGCGGGCCCCCAAUGCCGCCCGGUGGGCCGGGGCCAGCCCCGGGGGCGUCCCCCGGUGACACCCCCCGGAGUCCCCGCCGCGUUCCCCCGGGCCGUGCCCGCAGGAGGAGGAUCGCGCUGAGCCUGCCCGCAGGCAGGUGAUCCGUCUGCCGCUCCUGUUCCCCUCCUGCCCACCUCCCCGCCUCGCCUUCGCCCCCCCGGCUGGACAACUCCCUGCUUUGGAGAACACGCCCAAGUAGCUGAAAAAGAGAGAAAGAGAGGGAAAAAAAAAAAAAAAAAAAAAAGGAAAAGUGUGUGUGUGGGGAGGUGUGUGAAGAAGAGAGAGAGCCAAUUCACACCGAAGGUGGGGACGCGGCUGGCGCUCGCAGGACCCCGCAGCCCGUCCAGCCCCGCGCUCCCGGACAGCGCCCGCGGCCGGAGCGGGGCCGGCAGCGCGGGCGGAGCGCAGCCCCGGCGGGGCCAUGCCGAGAGGCGGCGGGGGCUCGGCGCGGAGCCGUGGGCGCUGCGGGGCGCGGCGGGGGCUGUCCCGCUCGGCCGGGCGGCCGUGACGGAGCGGCCCCGGCCCCGAGCGCGCUGGGCAUCGUUUCGCGUGUUGGUCUGAGCCACGGCAAGCAAGGAAUAUGAACAGGAAAACAAGGCGCUGGAUCUUCCACAUCUUCCUGAGCCUGGGGAUUGUGUAUAUCAAGAUUGGGGGUUUCUCCUCUGUGGUGGCCCUGGGAGCCAGCAUCAUCUGUAACAAGAUCCCGGGGCUCGCGCCCCGGCAGCGGGCGAUCUGCCAGAGCAGGCCCGACGCGAUCAUUGUCAUCGGGGAAGGGUCCCAGAUGGGCAUCAACGAGUGCCAGUUCCAGUUCCGCAACGGGCGCUGGAACUGCUCGGCCCUGGGCGAGCGGACGGUCUUCGGCAAGGAGCUCAAAGUGGGGAGCAGGGAGGCCGCCUUCACCUACGCCAUCAUUGCGGCCGGCGUGGCGCACGCCAUCACGGCGGCCUGCACGCAGGGCAACCUCAGCGACUGCGGCUGCGACAAGGAGAAGCAGGGCCAGUACCACAAGGAGGAGGGCUGGAAAUGGGGCGGCUGCUCCGCCGACAUCCGCUACGGCAUCGGCUUCGCCAAGGUCUUCGUGGACGCCCGGGAGAUCAAGCAGAACGCCAGGACGCUCAUGAACCUGCACAACAAUGAGGCCGGGCGCAAGAUCCUGGAGGAAAACAUGAAGUUAGAGUGCAAGUGCCACGGGGUCUCAGGGUCCUGCACCACUAAAACCUGCUGGACAACGCUGCCCAAGUUCCGGGAGCUGGGCUAUAUCCUCAAGGACAAGUACAACGAGGCCGUGCAGGUGGAGCCCGUCAGGGCCAGCCGCAACAAGCGCCCCACCUUCCUCAAGAUCAAGAAGCCCCUUUCCUACCGCAAACCCAUGGACACAGACCUGGUGUACAUCGAGAAAUCCCCCAACUACUGCGAGGAGGACCCGGUGACAGGCAGCGUGGGCACACAGGGCAGGAUGUGCAACAAGACGGCGCAGCAGUCCAACGGCUGUGACCUGAUGUGCUGCGGCCGCGGCUACAACACCCACCAGUACUCCAGGGUGUGGCAGUGCAACUGCAAGUUCCACUGGUGCUGCUACGUGAAAUGCAACACGUGCAGCGAGAGGACAGAGGUGUACACCUGUAAGUGAGCACCUGCCCCGGCCGCUCCCCGGCCUGGAUACAUUUGCACGUGCGCUCGAUGUGGCUGAGCGGAACUGCGGGAAGAGCUGCUCUCCCUGACGAGAUGCUUACGAACGGAGCCCUCUCUUCUCCCCUCAUGUUUCGUUGCUUAUGUGGAUACACAUUUCAGACUCUUACAAAGUCAGCCAAGAAACAAAACCAAGAAAACUCCUCCCCGGGCCACCAGAGACAUGAAAGAGAGAGAAAAGGAUCAUCUCAGUGAGCCUGCCCCUCGGGAGGAAGGAGCCCUGGCUGCCUUGUGGAAAGACACCGGCCAGGGAGGAAUCUCUGGGUGUGGCAACGAACUCUUGGUUUGGGAAAGGGAUGGUCAAACACCUCUGUGUACAAGGAGCAGGGAGGGGUAGGGGAGAAAUCCCUACAAAAGGGCUUUGCACAGGAUGGGAUGGACAGAGCCUCCCCGUGAAUUGCCCGUGGUAGUGUGUGGAUAACACAGAUUUAGGCUUCCACACUCGUGAAAAGCUUCUACUGAUCUUGCCCAUCUUUCCGCUUCACAGCACUUGCUGCAGCAAGAAGAACUGUGGAAGGGUUCUGUAGACACUGCUUUAUCUGCCUUUCUCUUGUGUGUGUGAGCUGCAGAUUUUAGCACAGGGAUUUGGGACACUUGGGCAUAAUAAUAACAAUAUUUAACAAUUUAUUCAGAUAAAACUAAUAUUAAUUUAUUUAAUUAAAAGAAGAACUUUACAAACCUUUCUGGAACUAUUCUGCAAUUAAAGUAGAUAGCUGGCUUUCUUUGUGGAAUAAUUUUGUAGGAUCAGCAAGGAAACACUGGAGCUGUACAUAUUACUCUUGACUAGGAUAUUUCUAUUAGUUGGACUUGCAGAAUAUGUUCUACAGUACUGGAUGUUUAAGGACAAAAGCUGGCGUCUUUAUAUAUAUGUACAUACACAAACACACUGUAUUUGGGGGUUUUUGUUCGUUUGUUUCCUCCUGUUUGCUGCUAGUUGUCUGGAACAAAAGUGGAGUGGUAGGGGUUACAAAUCUUUACCAGUUUUGCAGUUUUAUUUUUUCUUUGAUUAAAGAAAGAAAAAUUAAUAAAAUCCUGUUUGGAAUAUGUCUAAAAUUAAGAAAAUCCAGGCAAAAUUCCAUCUUUUGGAAAAAAUCAACCAUAGGAUAAGAGAGUAUAUUUUGUAAGAGACUAUUUUUAUAUAAAUAUUUUAUUUAUACUACGUCUGCUUGUUCAACCUGUACUUUUUCUCAAAACAGGCAUACAAUUUGUAAUUCUUAGGCUAUUUAACAGAGAAAGGGUAAUUAGUUUGUGAACACAACAGCAGCAAGCUGGAUGCAUUCAGCUGCAAUUGGUGGAUGUAUCAGAAAGUAGGAUGAACUUUCUCUCCUGGCUCUUUUCCUGCAGCUCAGUUUGCAGAAUAUGCAAAACAAGAACAGGGUAUGUAGCACCAAUUUUGUCACAUGGCUUGAAUUCAUGAUUGGUAUUAACUGGAUGCUCAUUUAUCCCAUUCAAGAAAAAAAAAUCCGAAUUAGCUUCCCACAUGCGUCAGUCAUUAAACUGUGGCGUUAUGACUCGCAAAUGUGCUGUGUGUGCUGUCAGUUAAACCUCUGCUUUGUGCUGCUGUCAAAUCUGAUUCCCAUCAGGACAAGACUGUAGACUGUGACUGUAAUAACUUGCAUGACACACAUCGUCUGAUUCUCAUAGAUAGGAUACAAAGCUUACUUUUUGUCCAGCUCCUUUUGGCAUUUACAUUAUUCUUUCCCCCACUCCAAAGGCCAGAGCGCAGAAAUACAGGAAAACAUUUGGAUGAGUUUAAAGAGGCAAAUUUAAAGACUACUCACUUGUUUUUCAGAGCCUAAGCUGUUUUGCACUGUGGUAUUUCCUUUUUAUCACUGCUGAUUUCUUCAGACAUUCGAGUGGUAAAUAUUUCUCUGCAUUUAAAAUCAUUCUGUUCCUACUGCUUAACUCAUGUGUGGCUCAUAAAAAGCCAUGUCUAAUUCUAACAUUGUUUUUCACUGGGUGAGAAAUGUGGCCCAGCGUUACAGAUGAUAUUGCACAUUGUCUGGGACAGAUCAGGUUCUCUGCUCCUUCCAGACUGCAGGAUCGCCCCUGUUAAUGAGGCAUCAGUGAUGGGAAUGUGCCACUGACUCCCUGCAAAGCAGCAAGUGCCACCAGGGGUAGGUGAGACACCUCUGUCCCGUGUGCACAGAUCCUUCUCAGGCAAAACUCCCACCCAACACUGUGAAAACAGAGAAUUUCUGAGAAGGGAAACAGAAGCAUCUCAAAAGAUGCUGCAAAGUUUGACAACCUACCUGUUAGGACUUGGGUUUUAACUCACUCCUUGUAUAUAUAUUAUUUAAGAACACAAGCCCAUGCCGUACCUAAUCCUAGCAAUGUAUAUCAGGGGUUAAUGCACAGUUUCUUUGCAGACCUGCCACUUAACACGAAAUAGAAUUUUUAUUCAAUUCAGGCACCAGAAUGGGAUAUCAAAAUAAAGUUAUUAAUGUCAUUUACUUGCAAUCUUAUGACUUGUCAAUUUUCAUUGGGUCACUGCUCUUAGUCCUCCUCAAUUCCAUACAACUGGAUUUAAAAUGCAGCCACAUACAGUAGGUAUGUUCAUUAUAACUGUAUUAUGGUUGAAUAAUUCAGAUCUAGCAUUUAACAUUGGACUCUCCCCCCCAGUUUGUAGUGCGCUUGGAUUUAGUGAAUACCAUAUCAUAGUUAAAAUUGUGUUUUCCUCACUAAUUAGAGUUCUUUUACAAGUUAUUACUUUUGCAGCAUGUUUUUACUAUAGAAAAGUAAUGUGCAAAACUCCUGCUUCCUGUAAAUUUCCCUAUGCAGUGAUGUGUCAUGUACAGCUAGCAGAAUAAUUAUUGAAGGACAAAUAUCUUUAAACAGUUUUACUCACAAUAAUAAAAAACUGGAUGCACAAGGUAUUCAAUUUGGUACAAAUUUCCCCUAUAUUUUACAAUAUUGCUGAUGAGAAAAUGGAGAGAAAAAAAAGGGAAAAAAAGCUGUCAAUUUGUUGAAUAACUGGAAUAACAAUUUGGGAACCAUGAAUUAAAGAGCAAGGAAAACCAAA